GCCACCUCCAUACAUGCUGAUAACAAGGAACAAUGAAUCAUCUUGAUAAACAAUACGAGUCCGCACUAUCAUCCGUCAACGAUCCACGACAACGGAGAGACUACUAACAGCUUGAACUUUGAUGUAGUGCAGUGAAGAGACAGCAUAAUUGUAGUCUUCAGAUCUUCAGAACAUUGUAGUUGUCAGAUCUUCGUCUCUUCAUAUCUCCUUGGAACAUUGUAAGUAGUUGCACUACGUAGUCUGAGCAAUAUCAUAGUUCUACAGAAUGGCGCCAAAAAAGAGUGCUAAGAGGACGCCUUCCAGGAAAUCGACUCCCGUGCGAAAGGGCCGGUCGACUCCUGCGCGGAAGGCAACACCGACAAAAAAAGGGAAGAGUCCUUCCACAAGUAGAACUACAUCAAGUCGUGCAAGAACUACGUCAGCAAAAGAAAAUAAGCCAAGCACAAAUACUACUACAAGAGGUAGCUGCACCUCCAGCACAAGUACAACAGGCCCUAGCAGAAUUAAGGGUAGGGUAAAGGUGCUUUUGUUUCCGCUUUUUAUGCCUUUCCUAAGGGAGAAAGGCAGAAAAAGCGGGGUCCACGAGCACCAAGGCCCUACCUCUAACAGAAGUACAAGCAGCACUGCAACUAGAGUUGCUGCUAGUACAACGAAAAGCUCACCCUCAAAAAAUCUCAAGGCGAAUGCCAUGUCCAUGAAGAGCAGUUGCAGUAGCACUACAUCAAAUAACAAGAAAAGAAGUAGAAGCGUCUCUCCGAAUGUCGGACGAGGGGGAAAAGGGGCCACGACUUCAUCCAAAUCUGGCUUGAGCAAUGCCACGACUACGUCGACAGCAGCCGCGACCGCAGCCGCUUCGAAGUUGUCAAGGAGUACGUCGACAGCAGCCGCUUCGAAGUCAAGGAGUACCUCUGCUAUGCGCUCGUCUCCAGCACCAAAGAUGCAAAAGAAGAGCUCAUCAACACCUUCUGCUUCCAAGGCAAAGAAGGUGGCGCCUAGAAUUAUGACACAGAAGCUUCUGUAGUAAAAAAUCUUCAAAAUUUAAGCAAAAAAUUAGAUAAAUUGGGCGACAUAACCGUAGUUACCCGCGGUAUGCGUCUCUAGAUGAAUGUGAUGUCGACUUCUUAAGGAGCACAAAGGUUCUCUAUGACCGACUUGUUGUAGUAGGGUUGAUUACUUCUAGCGCUAACCUUGUACCUACUUACCUAACCCUACAAGAAGAAAGUCCUCUAACACAACAAGCUCUACGUCACGUGGAAGAGCAAGAGUGGGAGAGACUGCUGUGGCAGGGCCAUCUUCGAUAUCACCUAGCAGAAACAGGACACCUACUACGCUUAAGGCUCGUCGUGCUGCUAAAUUAGCGGUUCUAAAAACCCAUUUUCUCCGUCUCUCAAAUACUUAGAAAUUCAAAUUAUAUGAGAGUGAUCAUGCUUAGUUACAGUAGAUAAGUCCAAGGGCAAUGGGAAAGCGAAAAACUCCACCAUGUUGAUCAUCCACUAGUACAUGCAUACUGGGGCCAGUUCUUGAAGUUGUAAGCACGCCCUUAUUUGGGGAAGUUCUAAUAUCCGGAAGAAGAAAAUGCUGAUUAGCCCGAGUAGCCCUUCACCAGCUAGUGCUAAAAAGACUAAAACUUAUGGCCUCGCAUACUGCGGUUGCAUCCUACUCGUCCUUCAAACCAUUCUUGUGCCAUUUUUGUGGUUUUCUUUUUCAAGUAGAAGACAAAGGGACGACCAUAACCAUUCUUGUAGUCUUCUGUUUCUGUUUCAAGUAGAAGAAAAUGAAAAAGGACCAACACCAAGGAUCAUAGUACUCCCAUUCCCGACGAGGGUGCAAAUAAUGCGGUACGGAGCUCUAAAAAGCGUCUGCGAUGAGGGUGAGCACGUCGAGUAGAACACCAAAGAAGGAUAAAAAGCCAUUGUCAGGUGUCAAGAAUACACGCUUGUCGUCACCGAGCAAGCCAAUGGGAAGCAUGAAGAUAUCGCCAACCAGAGCAAAGGAAGCCGAAGCAUUUUUAUGAUGAAGAUGUCAAGAUCGAUGGGUCCGCUCCUUUUAUACAACAACUACACGCCGUCUUCGUGUAGAGAGUUGAAAAGUUGUAUUCUUGAUGGAAUUGAGUUUGUUGAGAAGAUGUUGUAGAUGGUUGACAUCAUGGCGGUUGUUGACGUCAGUGACGAGGAUUUUGAAUAAUUCAGUGAUAACAACUUGCUUCAACUUUAUCUGGGGCGCAACUCAAUUUUUUCAUGUCGUCAUCGUUUCUUACCUGUUCUUGUAGCUGCAAUUGGUUUCAGAACUGGUAGAUUUUUUCAUGUUGCGUCUGCUGUUUUCUUGCCUGAGGGCACAGUGCGUCGCAUAGUCUAGAGGCUGGUAUGCUAGCCAGUGGUAGACUUCAUGGCUUUGAUGGUCUCGACUCUUGGGACACAUAGGUCAAGAGCACCUUCUUAGACUGAUAUAGACAUAUUAUAUUUUCCUUUUUCUUGUUUUUCUAACAUCCGCUGCAGGGAAGCAGAAGACGAGCAAAAGUUCAUCAAAAUCUUCUGGGCGUCUAGGUCUUAAUAGCCGUGGAGGGAGCGAAGGUAGCUCGCCUAGUACAGCGACGCAUUUGAUGCCUUUGGAAGGAGCUCCGCCACUGGGCUUGGGUGUCGUAGACGCUGACAUCAAGGUGGAAAAAGCUCCUCUUGAGAUUAAGGCUUUCGAAUAUUAAUGAUAAUGUUGUACCAGUAGCAUUACCUCCUACAACUACGCUACUAGUUAGUAGCUACAGCUUCUCGUCCUACUAAAAAUAAUCGGUAUCGGAUUCGUUGCAUCUACUUGGGAAACAAAGUAGUUGAUUACUAAAAUAAGUAGUUGAUUACUCAUCUACUUGGGAAGUAGUUGAGUAUAAAAAUAAUAAUGCGCGCUCUCCACCGUCCUCGUCUAAUCUGAGUGAUGACGUUGAGAACGAGAUCCAAGGACACCAGAGGUUCUUGGACAUGCUGGAUGAAGAAACAACGCCUGCUUCGAAGCGUGCACGCUUCUUGCUAUCUCCUUUUGACGCGAAGAUGCAGAGUCCUGCUUCGUCUUCUGGUCUAGCAGGGAUAGACGCAGAAGUCUUCGAAAAGGAUGAGGAUGAUCAUUAAGGCCCACUUCCAUGAUGCUUUAUUUUAAAUCGUCAAAAGCAGGUCGGAUUCAUUUUCUUUACAUGUUGUCCGGAGCAGGCACGAGCUUCGCGUUUUACUAACGCAAAAUGAGUAUAAUUAGCAAAGUUGUUGUGAUCUUGCCUCGUCUGGUGCUGUUGGGUGCUCAAUGAAUAAGAUGCAUUGCGGUAGGUUCUACAACGAACUGGUAUAAAGAGCUCAUCUAAAAAUAUGGGCGACAAGAACCGAAGGCAAUGUCGGAGACGCUUAAGGGCAAACAGCCUCAGUCAUCAGCGAAAAAAUCUCCACGUAGAACGAAAGGGAUCCUAAGAGGGGAAAAGAAGGUACUUUAGUCACGAUCAUCAUGGUCAUCCAACGUAUCACGACACGUACAUGUUGGAUCACAUAGUUUGAAGAUGCAAUGUAGAUGUACAUCACUUUUAAAAACAACAAUGUUUUUCCCGAGAGAAUUUAUAUAUUUUAUCGAAAUCCACCUCUUCUUCCAGAAUCCUGCUCCACCAUCCGACGUCCUCGAAAGUAGUCGCUCUCCUUUUGGCAAGGGCAAUGCUCCACCUGCACCUCUAGGAAGUAGAUCCUCGACGACCUCUGCUCAGCAGCAACAAAGAGAGAAAGUGGCCUUUUGUCAAGAUGUGGAAGAGUUCGAGUAUGAAGAUGCCUAUGACACAGGAACGGCAGCUGGCAGGAGACCUCACUUUCAAACUCCUGUGGAACACCAACAAAGUCAAUUGGAUUUUUUGGUACUUUUUGAUUUAACAUGAUAAAAAUAGUCCUCGAAGUAGAAGAGGCAGUCGUGCCAAGAUGUUGAUAAUCACUCUUGAUUUCACAUCUUUAUUCUUCACUCCAGUUCUCAAAUCCGGAGGAGUGGGAAAAGCAGCCAUUAUAUCUGGAAAACCAGCGGAAGCGGCGUCAAAGAUUUUUUCUGAUGACGGGGUACGGAUGUGGCGGCUACGGACCUGCUUGGAUAGACGAGGAUGAAGAAGAGGAUAAUUUACGGAGGAGGAGCUUUAAUUAAAGUCGUGUUAUCCACUGAUGUAGUUUUUCAUGGAUGCUUCUUCUAAAAAACAAAUCCUCGUCUUUAUAAACGCUACUUAGGCUGCUCGUCUGGCUCGUCUUUAAUUUUUUGACGCUACUUGUACUUGUUAGACAGAGCAAGGUGGUACAAAAAAAAAUUGUUGAUCUUGAUGUAGAUGAAGAUCAUUGACCACUUGUUUGAUAGAAGAUGACUUCUCUAAAGAAAGGAGAAGAUGACGACGCUGAUAGUGGUGACGACGAGGAAGAUUUUGAUCAUUUUGAUAACGCGAUCCGCAAAGGUAUGAACAAGCAAGAUCAACAAAGUCAACAACAUGUACGAGAAGGACCGCCUUCCUCGUCUUCUAGCUCGAACGGCGAUGGUGGGAGACAAACAAAGAAAACAAAUCGUUUUGGCCCUAGUUUAAGGCUCAGCUUUCAAUGGUCAUUGGGGUUGGUCACUGAGAUCCCUCUUGAGAGAACAGGGGAAAAUGAAGGAAAAGCAAAGGGAGAGGCAUGGGGCCCAUUUCUUUCAGAGUCAGUGACCAUUGAAUGCUGAGCUUUAACUAGUACACCUGCAAUACGUAAAAGUAAAAGUAAAAGUAUUACAGGAGCUUUAAGUAGUUCGUAUUUAGAAGGGCGGGACGAGGACUACAGCGAACAAGACGGGGAAAAUGAUGCAGCAGUGGUGGAAGGAGACGCAGAGAAAGGUGAUUUUUACCCUGAUUAUAUUCGUACUCCUCCACGUGGUCCACUAGAUGAUGACUCCAGUGAGGAAGAUUCGCAUGCUGCUCAACCUGGAAGCGUAGAUCGCCAUAGGGAGAACUCUCUGACGCCGAAUUCUAAGAAGAUUGUUAAGGCUUUCGAUGUGUUUCGUAGAUAUAAUUACAAUAAACACCAAGUCUUCAAGGAUCAUGUUGAAGUUCGGACGAGAUAAGCUAUCUUUUCGCUAUACAACUUCUAGGUCCUCUAAGAUGGUUUCUGACCCUGGCAUUAUGGAACCACAGCACUCGUUGAGCAUGCUGGAACAACAAAGCCCAGAUGGAGGAUCUGCUACAGCCGAACAAGAUCUUCGAGGGAAGCUAAGACAAUCUGAAACAGUGGGACGACUAGGGAAGCUUCAAUCAUCUGCCGCUUCAUCAUCUGCAGCCUCAAAAACUUGUAGUACAACUAAUGCAUCUGCGGAGGCUACAACUAGUACAACUAGCACGACUACAACUUCUAUCACUUCUUUAUCAACAAGGAAAGCUCCCCUUGAAGAUGCAGCAGCUACUCAGCGACUUCAGUACCAACAGUUAAUCGAAUCCGAUGACGAGCAGAAGUACAGCCAGUUUCUUGAGCCAGCAGAUGAGGCGAAAUACAGCCAGUUUCUUGAGCCAGCAGAUGAGGAGAAAUACAGCCAGUUUCUUGAACUAGCAGAGCCAGAAGUGAAAGGACAGAAGCAAGACAAGCACAAAGUAGUGCAUCAAUCUAGAAAUAGCAAUGCUUCGUCUUGUUCUUCACCGCCACCAAAAAAUGCUAAGGUCGUCGACAAGAAACUAGCUACUCCGCCUCAGGUUCCGCCAUCUCCCUUUGCUCAACGACAACAACGUCUGAUCGAUGAAAAUUUUGAGCAACAAGAAGUGUUGAUGCUCCGCAGGAACUCGAAACAGACACGGUCAAGCAUGUCUCCGCCUGCUCGUGGACUGAAAACAGACGCACCUCCAAGGACCAACAUCAUGAUCAGAGACAACUCGCAAGAAAAACACAAUGAUUUCAAUGAAGCACGCUCCCAUAAUGAUGAGCAUUCACACUCCUUCAACGAAGGCGGGCGCGGUGGGAACAGUGAUAGUGAUUCGAUUUUGCAGGUCCCAAUCGAGCCUAUCCAGGACCUAGAUGAGGAGGAGCAAGAGUAUCUCUACAAACGGAUACAGGAAGUAACUGAAGGGGAGGGAUGAAGAUUCCAUAAAACAUGCACAAAAUUUAUAUUUUUGUGCAUAAUAAUAUGCAGUACUAGUUGAGCUGCUGCAGAAGUGAAAAAUCAUCUGAAUGGUCGUUCCGGUAUUUGGUAACCUGAAUUUGUAAUCUGAAUGGUUCCUCCCUUCUUCUUUUCCCUUAUGAUCCAGGUCAGGUUACCGAAUACAACCAGAACAAUAGUACAAAAUCUCAUCUGUUGUUUUAGAGAAGUUCACCCUUUUUUUGUCUAAGGUCUACCUGAUGACUGUAUAGAAGAAGAGACACGACGAGAAUGAGAAAUGAUUUAAUAUUCCGAGCUUCAUCAUCCAAUAUGCUUUGGCUUGUUUGGGCUGAAUUUUUGAUAAAUGCUGUCAUAGUCAUCUACAUCCGUGCAUCAUGUGGCAUGUGCUGGUCUAAUCAUGCAUAAUGCUUGAGUUUUCUACUCUUCAAGCUCACUCUUCAUGUCAUGGUUUUGUUCUCUUGAUCUUGAUGCUCUUUUCAUUGUUCAUCCAGAUCCACUAACAUUAACACGUAAACGUUCAGAAUCUUCGAUAAAAUCACAGUAACCAUGGUCAUAGAUAGCGAUAGGUAACUACAGUUGAUUAUUCUUGUCAUGGGUGUAGGUAGCACUAGCAGUAGCACGACGUUCUAAAUAGUUGAGAGCAGUACUAUCAGGUACAACGGGUUGUACUACGCGCACAGAUCAUUGGUUCCAUCAGAUUGUUGAGUCAAAAGCAAAUACAACAUGAAAAUUUCAGCACGUAGCGACAUCUUCAACAUGAUAUUUUUUGUCACAUCUUGUUUGAUCUAAAGAAAUAUAUACACGCCAUAUGCAUAGCCUGCAUAGCCUAAGUCAUGCAUAGCAACCUGAAGGUCGUUUAAAAAUAUAGCAAUGGUGCUAAGGCUCGUCCCUCAACAUCACGACAACCAUCAUAGACUUGUUGUAUGUACGUGCUCGCAAUGAUGGCAAGAUUAGUAUCAAUUACGAAUGCAGGGUUCUUAAGUAGUAUCUAUUUUUACAUAUGCACAGCAGGACCAGGGGGGCUCUCGGAGGUUCUUCAACGAACAGUGUCGCAAACCGACUCAUACACCCGAUUCUACUUCAGGAAAGAAGACCUCACAAGCGCUUGUCGCUUCGAACAUGAGAAGGAUGAAUAGAGAGACUUAUUCACUGACAUGCCACAUGUUUUCGUCCUCUUCAUGGAAAUUCAAAUUCAGUGGUUCUUGUUGUUUACUAGACACUCAUAUCGCUCCCGAGCGUAGUAGAGGUGCGGCAGUCGCAGCUGCGGGGAGGACGGUGUCGUAGGCAAUUUUAUAAUCGACGGGUUCGGAGGCAAUUAGUGCACGGUAGUAUAAGGAGGCUAAUGCACUCCACCCGUCGCCGGCAGGUACACCGGACAACACUGGGAUCACCCUUUCGGCGUUCUCGGACU